AGAAAAUGCCGAAGCAGAAACAAAGGGUCCGUGAUCAAAAUACAGAACAAGCUGUGGCAGGUGCCAACACACCAGAACAACUACGUUUACAGGACAUAAAGGUAAAAUUUAGCGACACAAACCUGCAGACCAACGAAAAGUAUUUCCUUGAGACUGAGUUCAUGAAAAUUGAUGAACCUAAAACGCCUUACAACAGGAAGCGUAUGGACAUGUGCAAUGAUUGCAGUAUGAGUGAUAAAGAGUAGCUUUCAGGUUUACAUUGUGGUGUUGAUGUCGUGCCUGCCAUCUGAUCACGUGUUCAUCCAUGUCUCCUCUUCUAUUUGAGCAAAAAAAGUAAAAUUAGUUCAUUCCACCGUUGGUUAGAAACCUGUUCGUUUGGCCGGGUAAGGGCAGUACCAAGAAUUACCAUGAAGAAGAAAUGUAAGAUUGUUAUGAAACUCGUCCGUUUAUACAACGUACAAGUACGUGCUCUUCCUUUACAUACCACUAUAGUGCAAAUAUACGCUUUGUCUUACACCUUUUGCACCACGGUCAUGGCAUAGCAUUCAAAUCAGCACUUCAAGUGUUUUUCAUCUCUCAGCGGGAGGUACAAACAGAAAUAAUCUCAACAUGCAGAGAUAAGCCUAAAAAUGAACUGAGCAGUUAUCUUCCCGGACAUGUUUGUUUAGCGUGUCUUUACGCUCUGAAAAUGCCAUGUGUGAUGAAAACGUUCGCUAUCCGUCAGGGCACUUGAUAUUCUGUGCAAUCAGCCUUCUCAUAAAUUAUCCUGAUUGCGGCCCACACACAAAAACAUCUUCCAGCAGUGGUGGUCGCAAAUUUACGGUUCAAGAGUAUCAAACGGAAAUAAAAUUAUUUCUUUGCUACUUCCACGGCAGCAUUUGCAAUCUAAAACGUGAUCCAUUGGCACCGCAAACUCGGUUUUAUUAGAAUUAAAUUUGUUUGCCAC